AUGGAGAGCCUGCAAGGAUCUGAACUCUGCUUCCCACAACUACCCAACAUCUCCUGCUGGAAGCCGAUGCGGCAUCAUGCUGAGUCUAUUUUUCUUUACAUCCUGCUGUCUUGCAUGUCUUUGCUCACUGUGGCUCUCAACCUACUGGUCAUCAUCUCUAUCUCCCACUUCAGACAGCUCCACACCCCCACCAACCUCCUCCUCCUCUCGCUGGCUGUCUCAGACUUCUUUGUUGGCCUACUGUUGAUGCCGAUUCAAAUCCUCCUCUUAGAGGGCUGCUGGUAUUUGGGGACAUUCAUAUGUGGACUGUUUUACUAUGCCUCUUUUAUCCCUACAUCUGCAUCAGUAGGAAACAUGGUGCUCAUAUCAGUUGACCGAUAUGUAGCCAUUUGUGACCCUUUGUGUUAUUCCACCAAAGUCACUCGGAAAAGAGUUAAAAUCUGUGUUUUUCUGUGUUGGAUCUGUUCUGUGCUCUAUAAUGGUGUGAUACUGAUCGACUUCCUGAAACAUCCAGAUAGAUAUAACUCCUGCUAUGGAGAGUGUGUAGUUGUGGUUAAUUUCAUAACAGGAGCCGUUGAUGUUGUGUUGACCUUUGUUGGCCCUAUUGCUGUCAUUAUAGUUCUAUAUAUGAGAGUAUUUAUGGUGGCAUUGUCUCAGGCCGGAGCCAUGAGGUCUCAUUUUGCAGCUGUUAGACCAUGGGGUUCAGUCGGUGUGACUGCUAAGAAGUCUGAGAGAAAGGCAGCCAGAACUCUUGGUGUUGUUGUGAUCGUGUUUCUAAUAUGCUUCUGUCCUUAUUUUUAUCCGUCUCUCACGGGCCAGGACAUGUCAACUAGUGUGGCAUUUUCAGUUUUUGGGGUCUGGCUACUUUAUUGUAACUCCUGUCUAAAUCCAGUGGUUUAUACUUUUUUCUACCCCUGGUUUAGGAGAUCUAUGAAAGUCAUUGUUACAUUUCAGAUACUGCAGCCUGGCUCCUGUGAUGCCAACAUAGUAUAG